GUUCAGCGUGGGAAACAAGUGGCAGCGGGACGGCUGUGUGUUGGGAGGACAACGUGUGGACGUGCUGUAACUCAUGAAACGGAUUAGUCGUAUAAACUAAUGUAAAUGUUGCACUUAACCUGAGAAAUUAUUUGUUCCAACGUACAGAAGAAUCCGGAAGUCGGUCUCCGAGUGACGCGGGGGGAAUCUGAAAGAAGCCAUGAAGAAGACACGUGACCAGAGCGGACAGGCGUCUUCGGGACCCGAGUCCACGGACUACGUGGUGGGUCAGGUGUCAGGCAGUUUGACCGAGAAGAGCUCUGCGGCCUGCGGGUCCUCGCUGUCGGCUUUAUUCAGCACCGCCGCACCGGCUGCACCGCUUCUGUUCCGGCCUGCACCCGAGCCUGUUCAGAGGAGCACCGAGGCGAAGGAGCCGCAGAAGGAAACUCCAGAGGUCAAAGGUCAGAAGAGGAAGAAGAAGCUGCUCAGGGAGAAAUCAGAAGCCGACCUGAGGCUGGCGGACAGGGAGGUCGGUUUACAGAACGCAGACGAGGACGAGACACGGCAGACACCAGCGAAGAAGAGGAAGAAGAAGGUGGAGCCGGAUGGAGAGAACGACGUGGAGCGGUGGGUGAUGAAGAGGCAGAAGCUGAGGGACAGGAAGCAGGAGGAGGCGGUGAAGAGGAAGAGGACCGUGUUCGUCGGCAACCUGCCCGUCGGCUGCACCAAGAAGACCCUGCAGAGCCUCUUCAGGGACAAAGGAGCCAUCGAGUCCAUCCGGUUUCGCUCUGUGGUCCGAGAGGAUCCGUCCAUGUCCCGGAAGGUCGCGGUGAUUCAACGCAAAAUUCAUCCCAAAAAGCAAAGCAUGAACGCCUACGUGGUGUUCAGAGACGAGGAGGCGGUCGCGAAGGCCUUGGAGAGGAACGGCACGGAGAUCGAGAAGGACUUCCACAUCCGGGUGGACCGAGUGACCGGCAGCUCCUCGCACGAUCACAAACGCUCGGCGUUCGUGGGGAAUCUUUCGUUCGAGAUCAGUGAACUGGCUUUUCGGCGGCACUUUGAGGAGUGCGGCGCGGUGGAGGCCGUGCGGCUGGUACGAGACCAGAACUCGGGACUGGGAAAAGGAUUCGGCUACGUCCUGUUUGAGAGCGCCGACUCGGUGCAGCUGGCGUUGAAACUGGACGGCACCAAACUGGAGGGCAGGUCCAUCCGGGUGAAGAGGUCGGUGAAGAAGGAGAAGCAGAAGAAUAAAACUGACAGCAGAGGAACCGCAGGAAGGGUCGGCAGAGGCCCCGCUAAGGGUUCCAGCAGGGGCCCCGCAAAGGGCCCCAGCAGAGGCCCGGCCAAGCGUCUGGGCCAGGAGAGAGGAGCCGGUCGGGGAGGGUUCAAGUCUCAAAAGAAAUUCUCUGCAGGUCAGCAGACCAGCAGUUGCACCUCCUUCAAAGGGGAGAUGGUGGAUCCAAGCAAAAAGACUAAAAAGAAGGGACUGAAGAAGAAACCGAAGCCAAACAAGAAUGUUCACAUCUGAUCCACGUUUAACUGAGACUCCACAUGUAAGGAGGUCCUGGACAUUACUGACUCGGUGACUUCCUGUCUGUAAAACCAUCAUUAACAAAACCGAGGUGAAUCACAUCAUUUAGAACUUUUUAACCAUUCUGUCAUGUUGGAUUAUUUUGUCUGGAGUUCCAGUUGUGUUAAAAUAGAUUUUCUGUUUGUGUCAGAAUUACUUGGUACAAAGAUCACAUUUUCCAUCAAAGUGUCAAAAUCUGCAGUUUCUGAGU